CUAGCUGGGACUGCUGCAGACAUAUAUCAGUUCCUGAAAGAAAGUUGUAAUGCAUCUAUAAACGCAGAUGUGAGCACAUUCCCAGCAUGCUCAGUGGCUGGUAUUCCAGGUGCAAAGAAAUGGUAUUUUGCAAGUCAGGUCAUUUGUGGUUAUUAUCAGUUCUGCAGUUCUGACUGGGAGGAAAUAAAUGUUGGCACACAGAAAAAUGAAGACUCUCACCAAGAAAGUAUUGAUGAGAACCUGGGAACCACACAAAAUUUUGAGGAAGAUGACAGUAACAGUCAGGAAUCACUGUCUCUGACUGAUAUCUAUGAUGAAGCUGCUGAAAGUCUGCAUCAAUUAGCUGAUAAACUGCCUGCCCCAGGCAGAGCAAUGGUUGAUGUAAUCCUGCAGGCUGUUGAAUGUGAUGGACCCAAGUUAAAGGACUGCUUACCUGCUGUUGGUGCCCUGAAACACCUGAGAGAGUGGCACUCUGCACAGAUCACUAUUGCAGCAAGUGAUGCUAAAGGUAGCUGGCAAAAGAUUGCAGACUAUCUGUCAGCAGACUUCGUAUCUUCAGAUGAUAUCAUGAAUAUUAUUGAUUUAAAUGAACUCUGGAGAGGAAAGAUUCAGAUCUGGGAAAGAAAGUUCGGAUCAGGAGUAGAUUUUCCAGAAUUUUGUAUUAAGAGCACUUCAGCCAAGACAUUCAGGACUGCAAAAUUAAAUUCUUGCUUUGCUGCUAAGAAAGAGUGGCAAUCGAGGAACACUGAUACUUUGCCAGAAGUUUUUCAUUACUAUGGUCCUGCGCUGGAAUUUUUACAGAUGGUGGUUCUUUCUGAUCUACCUUCCAUUUUUAUAUCAGAUCUGGAGUUUGAGCUGAGUCUGUCAAGAAAGAAUACCGAGGAGACAUCUACACUGCUUCUGGACCAGAUUUCUUCUCUCUCUGGGAAGGUGGGAGCUUUAUUUACAUUGCCAUGUAAUGUAAGCAGUGUAGUGAUCCCAUCUCCUGCCCACCUGAGCAGCAAGAAAUGGAAGGAAUAUCUGGCUAAGAAACCCAAGGUCAUUUCUGUUCCAGAAAUUGAACUGAAAGGAGAAUCCUGUCGGUACUAUUUCUUGCUACAAGGCAACGGCUCUGGAGGAUGUAAAGCAACCUUGAUUCAUUCAGCUGGCCAGAUCAAUGGGAUGGCCACUCUUGCUGCAGUAAAUGGAAAGCUAAAGGCAAAAGCAGAAGAAACAGAGUCAGACUUUGAUAUUUCUGACUUUAUCAAGUCUCUGCCAUGCUAUUGUGGAGAGGAGAUUGUACAGAGAGAAACAAAACUGUCUCGUCUCCAAGUGUUUGCCUUGAAGGAGUAUCUCAGUAACAGGCUCCUGUUGUUGUUACUUGCAGAUGCAAUAGGUUUUAUUUUUACUAGUCUUCCUAAACCUGUUCUACAGAAAGUCUGCAAUAAAACCAGAUCAUGCACUGUGACUUGUGAGCCUGAUUUAAUGGAGCCAAAUCCAUUGGAGUGGCCAGAAAGACACGUUCUUCAGAAUUUAGAAAACUUUGAAAAAAACAAGCAAAAAAUGAGAGUUCCUCUGUUUGCACAUUCAUCUGAGCAGCUGCUGGGACACAAAGACAGCCAGCGGGAGUCCCUGACCCUGCUGGAUGCUAAAGAGCUGCUGAAGUAUUUCACCCCAGAAGGGCUGCCCGUGGGGGAUCUCCAGCCACUCCAAGUUCCCAAGCGUGAAACUACAUUUCUUUUGACACCAGAGCUUACUCCUAGAAAACUCAGAGCUUUGCCUUUUGAAAAAGCAGCUGGAUGCUAUUUUCAUGGACUCGAAUAUUGUCUAGAUAACAGAAGAGCCUUGGAGAGAGAUGUGGGAUAUGCUGAACUUCAAACUCGUCUUAUUCGCUACGAAACUCAGACAACUUGCACAAAGGAGUGCUGCCCUGUGCCACUUGUCUUGAGUCCUCUGCCAUCUCCUGCAGUCUUGUCAGAGCCUGGAAGUGUCCCUGAUGGAGAGUCUUUACAAAGUGAAUUCAAAACAGAGACAUCAAGGCUAAAAUGCAGAUCAAAAGACCUGGAUUACUUUUAUCCCAAGAAAAGGCUAACCAAAUCUGAGAGUACAGACUCCCUCCUGUCUCAGGCAAGUGGGAGCAGCAGGAGUCACUGUGCAGUUGGUGUGACAAGGAAAUGCUCAGAAAGAUCUGUUUCUGUGGCUGCAGUGCCAUCAAAACUCUCCAGCCAAACCCACAGAGCAACCACCAAGGCUGGCUCAGCUGCAGAGCCUGAGGCCUCAAAGCCAGAGAAGGAAUCAAGAUCCCAGAAGCACACGAGGAUGCUGAAGGAGGUGGUUGCUAAGACUCUUCAAAAACAUGGAAUUGCAGAGGAUCAUAAGUGCUUUGCAUCAUGCAGCCAACGUCUAUUUGAGAUAUCAAAAUUCUACUUAAAGGACCUUAAAACUUCUAGAGGACUUCUAGAUGAAAUGAAGAAAACAGCAAAUAGCAAUGCCAAACAGGUGAUUGAAUGGGUUUUGGAGAAGACUGGUAAGUAGAGGCACUGUGGAUUCCAUUCACACCUUCCCAGGAGCUGUGGAGACAGAGCACUUCUGACUGGAGAAGCUUUAUACUGCCCAAUGCACACACAGAUCUGCACACUGGGAGGGCUUUGGUCAGUGGAAUUAUAUAGAUGCAUUCUUCAAGCACAGGAGAAUGGUUGGAAACUUUUUAUACUGAAAGUUUUAAUUAUUUUUUUUUUUAAUUCAAAUGAAAAGAGAUUGCAUUUUAUAUGUGUAUUUAUUAUGUUUGUUAAAAUGAAUAUAGCUUGACUUGGUUUAUAAAGCUUUGUAUCUUUUUCAACCAGUGUAUUUGGUUUUUAUAUGAAUAAAAAACCCCACAUAUUUAAUUUUGAUACCUACUACUUUGUUCUACCUUUCUGUGUGAAGACCUCUGUUCUACUUACUACAGCUUGCUCUUGUAUAAACAGCUGUUUACAGCAUUGGCUGUUAACAUUUUAUACACUAAUUUAAAGAACAGUUACUAUUCUUCAGGUGAAAACAAUACAUAAUAUAUAUACAUAAUAAUACAUAAUCAGAAUACAUAAUGCAUAAUCAGAAUUUGAAUAAUAAUUAUCUCUAUGUUGUAAUAUAAGGAAGAAAAAAAGCUUGGCUUGAAACUUGAUGCAGGGUCCUAUUAAAGAAAGUUUCUUUUCUUUACAAACUGAAUUUUGAUAUAAUUUCCUGCAUGCUCUUUGUAACAUUCCUUGGAAAAAUAUCUAAGGAGAAGUCUGAUUUCUUUUCCUGGGAGAGGAGAAAAUCAAAGCAGUAGUGGUAAUGAGGAUGGUAAGAGCUGGAAAAGAGCUGGUGUGCUAUGCUGAAAUGUAAAGGGAAAAAGGAGUUUCUAGCUAUGUUGCAAACACAGUAAAAUACUAAAUUUGGCCUCAGUUUGUUUAAGUCUCUGGCAUGUACCUGGCUGGGACUGAUGUAAUUAUUCAAGUUAGUAUUUUGUUGAGAUGAGAAGUUCCUACUGAGCUUUCUCUAUUAAGGGUUUCCUAUUUAUCUUAUAAGCUAACAGUAUUAAAACUGUCAGAUGCAGGGCUAUUGUUUGCUAUAUUAUCCUGGUAGGAAAACAGUUUAAUCAAUACAAAUAGAAAUUAAAUACAAUGUAGUGAAAAAGUAAUUGAACUAAACCAUGUGGAGGUUGGACUUAAUACUGUAAAAUAUAUGCUUUAUCUAAAAAUAAUUCCUGAUUUUGUGACAUUAUUCUUUGCUUAAUUCUAUUUGGUUAAAGCUGAGCCCUAAGGAGGUUUUACAUGUCUAACAGGAUCUUGAGUUAAAGUGUUCUGUUCCUUUGUUCCCAAGUUUACCAUUGUUCUGAACUCCACAAGACCUUUUCUGAGUGGGUGUGUACUGGGUUUAACUGAGCUGCAGUAGGAGAGCUCUGAAGUUGUUCUGCUCUGACAGUGGGCUCUAGAGAGUACUGUGUGCAUCUAAGCCCAGGACAAACAUAACUACUUGUAAGAUGGAUUCUAUUUGUCUGCAGAAUGCCACACAUCCACAGCAUCCCAGUUUUAGUGAUUUGGUAAAAUAGAAAUGCAAUGAAGGAUAUUUAAAUAAUCAUUUAAUAAGUCCACACCCAAAAUUGCUCCAACAUAAUGAUUAAUGUGUAUGGCUCAGAUUUCUUUGCAUUCAAUAUAGAAAACAAGAAAAUAAUCAAGACAUUAACCUUUCUUAAUAUCUUAUAGUGAAUCAAGAAAGUCUCUACUUCAGAGAGAAAAAAGUUGUAAGCUGUAGCUUUAUCUCUUCAGCCUGAAUGCUGAUAUUUCUGUCUGAAUACUAAAGCAAACCACUGAAAGUUGUAUUUUCUACUUAAUUUGGGGAAGUUUAUGUAUUUGUAAUUAGAAAAACUUUGUAGUUAAUAAUUAUACAUAAGCUGAUAAGUAAAAGUACAGAAGCUCUACAUUUCAUAAAUCCUUGAGGCUAGCUGCCAUAAGCAAAGAAAAUACCUUCAGGAAAGUAAUUAAUACUUUGAACUGUUUUUCUUGUACUUCAAGUAGAACUUAAUGGUUAUUGGUUUAAUUAAUUUUGUAGACUCAAAGGCUGGCCUGAAAUAAUCAGCAGGAAAGCAGUUAGGGAAACAUAAGCAUUUUGAUGUAUUGGCUUCUUGCACAAUUCCCAGCGCAAAACUAAUAUACUGCUACCCAUUCUCAUUGGCUCUUUGUGUUGGUGGCUUUUUAGGGCAAGUGGUGGCUGGUUUAUGAUUGUGGCUUAAUAACACUGUGCCCCUUUUGAGCUGUGAUAACUGUCCCUGUCCAUGCUCUUAACCUACAAAAAAGCAGGCACAAUAAUUUGACCUGGUCCACUGUAACAGCACUAAACUAAAUCAUUUUGUAUCUGUCAUAGUUCCAAAACCCCACACUGAGAGUUCCUGCAGCUCAGCCUAUGUGCUGUAACUUAAGUGUUGCAGAAUGCAACAUCACCCAUUGCCUCUGAAAUUAAAAUUAUUUUCUUGUUUGUGGCUGCUGAAUCCCAAAUCCAGUCUGCCUUAUGCAUCUUUUGGGUGCUUGCUUUCAUGUUUUUUGCAAGUCAGGAUAUAAGUCAUGUAUCACCAUAUAUCAAAUGUCACCAGAACACAUUUCUGGUUUACCCAUAAUCCAGCCAUCCUGUAUAGUAAGUAUGUAGAAUAACACAGAAUAACAUAAUAUUAUGUAUUAUAUUAGAAGCACAUCAUCCAUCCAUGUUAUGUGCUUAUAUUCCCCACAGGACUGGGGUAAGACAGCACUGAUGUGGUUGCAAUUACUUGGUGGUAUGAUUACUUGUAAUAUUACAGCAAUUAUGUGAUGAAUAUCACUGAGCUACCACAGAACUUAGCUUGGGGGUACUAAUGCUUGUCCCAGUUCAUAGUUCUCUCUUGGAAUUUGCUUUCUAAAUUUGUUUCCUAAUGUCUCAUUAUUUACCAGAAGCACGGAAAUUCUGAUGAAGGAAAAAAAAUGAAAAGCAAAUCCCAUGUGGGAAAAGCAGGUGAUUAUGUUCAACAGGAGGUUAUCAUCUCUGUUAAAUAUUUAAAAUGUUUUUCUCAUUCUUUUAAAUUACAUUUUUGCCCUGGUUAGUCUGGGGGUUCACUUAUAGUAAGCAGACUGAGUUUCUCAAAAUUUUCCAAGCAUGUUAUUAGUAUCUGCUCUUUAAAAUUGAAGCCACCACUGAAUUCAAAAGUGUCCACAAUAUACACAGUGUUAUUACAUAUAAAUAUGUAAUAUUUACUGUAUUAAUGUUCUCUCUAUAUAGUAAAUAGACUCAGUAAAUAGCUAGUUACCAAUCUGCCAGCUUGACUUCUAUGAAAAAUAACAUAAAUUUAGAAAUCAGUGGCAGUGUAAUGAUCUGGAGCAUGUAAUUUCUUUAGGCUCUGAUUCUGCUUCCUCUGAAACCACAGAAGCUCCAAUUAACUUUUAAGCAUGGGUAAGAGGACACUGAAAAUGCUUGCAGGUGGAUAUCGGAUCAAUCUCCCCUUCAAAUCAGCUGAGCUUCCCCAUGCCAAGGGCUGGAUGGAGUGUGCUGCCAAAUGCUGUGGGAGGAAGAGAUUCUAACAUUCUGCAGAAUGAAAGCACUCGUUUUGUUAUUUGCAAAGGAUAAAUUCUAAUGGUGUUUGUGGGGGUGAUUUGCUUGGUAGCAUGUCAAGAAUCUCGCUCUGAUUUCCGAAGUGCCUUAAGAGAGAUGCUUGGUUUCAUCUGAAGGGCAGGACUAUUAAAAACACCAGUAUGAUUCCCUGAAUACAAUCAGAUCAGCUUUAUUUAUUUUUUUUUUAACAAACACUUUAGAGCACAUUUUUCCAAUAACAUUUUUGCUCCAAUAUGUGUCCCAAUCUUUCUCAUGGUGAAGCUGCUAUACAAAUUUUCUGAUAAGAUCAUUCCAUUUAUAGCCAUUAUUUUGUGAAAAGAGUGGAACUCUAGAAUAUCCUGUUUUAGGCUUUCCAUGAGGCUGUUCUGUCAUAACUUGGGUCAGACUGAAAGAAAAGACUUAAAUUCCCACAGUUAGAUUUUCUUUUUGGGCCACUAAAUUAAGCAUUAAAUCAAAGGAGAAAAAAAAAAA